GCAGGCGCUUCUCAAAGUGACAUCAGGAGCACCGCGCCCCCUCUCUGAUUAUAAAUGCGCCGUGGACGCCUGCACGAAGCCUCUCCCGAACUCAGACGACAGCUGUAGCCGAGACGGGCACUGCUGCGUAAAACCAUGGCACCAGCUGGCGCAAAAAAGAGCAUUCUGGAGCGUCUGGACGCAGGCGAGGUGGUCAUCGGCGACGGCGGCUUUGUUUUCGCCCUGGAGAAGAGGGGUUACGUCAAGGCCGGGCCGUGGACGCCCGAGGCCGCUGCCGAGCACCCGGAGGCCGUGCGCCAGCUGCACCGGGAGUUCCUCAGGGCCGGCUCCAAUGUCAUGCAGACGUUCACGUUCUACGCGAGCGACGACAAGCUGGAGAACCGAGGUCACACUCAGCGCUUCACCGGGCAGCAAAUAAACGAAGCAGCCUGCGACCUGGCCAGGGAGGUGGCCGACGAGGGCGAUGCCCUGGUGGCGGGGGGAGUGUCCCAGACCCCCUCUUACCUCAGCUGCAAGAGCGAGGAUGACGUGAAGGCCACGUUUAAGAAACAGAUCGACGUCUUCGUUCAGAAAAACGUCGACUUCCUGAUUGCAGAGUACUUUGAGCAUGUGGAGGAGGCAGAGUGGGCGGUCCAGGUGUUGAAGACCACCGGGAAGCCUGUGGCUGCGACGCUCUGCAUCGGGCCUGAGGGGGACCUGAAUGGCGUCAGCCCUGGAGACUGUGCCGUCAGACUCGUCAAAGCUGGUGCUCAGAUCGUGGGCGUUAACUGCCACUUUGACCCCGCGACCUGUGUGAAGACUGUGAAGCUGAUGAAGGAGGGCGUGGAGAAGGCCGGGCUCAAGGCUCACUACAUGAGCCAGCCUCUGGCCUACCACACUCCUGACUGCAACCGCCAGGGUUUCAUCGACCUGCAGGAGUUCCCUUUCAGUCUGGAGCCCAGGAUCCUGACCAGGUGGGACAUGCAAAAAUACGCCAGGGAUGCCUACGACGUGGGCAUCCGUUACAUCGGCGGCUGCUGUGGGUUCGAGCCCUAUCACAUCCGUGCCUUGGCGGAGGAGCUGGCGCCUGAGAGGGGGUUCCUGCCCGCUGGCUCUGAGAAGCAUGGCACCUGGGGCAGCGGCCUGGAGAUGCACACCAAGCCAUGGGUCAGAGCCCGGGCACGUCGCGACUACUGGGAGAAGCUGAAGCCUGCGUCUGGGCGUCCUUUCUGUCCCUCCAUGUCGACGCCUGACGGCUGGGGCGUCACCAAAGGCCACGCUGACCUGAUGCAGCAGAAGGAGGCCACCUCGGACGAGCAGCUCAAGGCUCUCUUUGAAAAGGCCAACAAAAGCCACUGAGCUCCCCUUUGAGGCCUCGCAGCAGAGGGGCGGCGUGUGAGAAGGACCAUUUGUACACCAUAUGCUAACAUGAUCAAAGUAGUUCUCAGCCAGCUGUGAAUGCACCCGAGCCAAACUAACAUUUCAGAAGUGCCUAAUGUCUCAGACUUGUGUAGCAAUAAACCUACGACUCAACAAAAAUUG